AUGGAAACUUCAAGGAGAAAUCUAGCGUCACGACAUAGUGAUAACCUUGGACCCGAUCAUGUCAACGUCUCGCGUACUUUCUUUGGCUUGGCAAAUGUACAGCGUGACUUGGGUAACCUGCGACAGGCAAAGGAGUAUUGUGAACGUGCUUUAAAGAUUGAGUUGAGAAAGCUUGGACCCGAACAUGAUGAUGUCGCGCUCACUUACUCUAACUUGGGUGGUAUCCACCGUGAAUUGUGUGAACUGGAGCAGGCCAAGGAGUGCUUUGAAAUUGCUUUAAACAUUAAGCUGAAAAAGCUUGGACCAGAGCAUGUCGAUGUCGCACCUACUUACCAUAAAUUGGGUGAAGUUCACCGUCGAUUGGGUGAUUUGCAACAGGCCAAGGAAUGUCACGAAAAAGCUUUAGCUGUAAACCGGAAAAAUCUUGAGCCCGAGCAUGUCGAUAUGGCGAAUUCAUACCACCAUUUAGGUAACGUGCAAUUUGAGUUGAAUAACAUGCAAGAGGCCAAGGAGUUAUACGAACGUGCCAAAGACAUACAAUUGAAGAAUCUUGAACAUGACCAUGUUUAUGUGGCGUUUUCUUACCAUAGCUUGGGUAAUGUACAUCGUAACCUGGGCGACUUGGAACUAGCCAAGGAGUUUUACGAACGUGCUCUGGACAUUAGGUCGAAAAAGCUUGGUCCCGAGCAUUCUGUCGUAGAGCGUACUCGCCUUGAGUUGUGUGAAGUACAACGUUCCUUAGAUGAUCUACAAAACGGCAUAGAACAUCAUGAACUUAAUGUUGAGAGGGAUCAUGAACAGAGAAAAUGUUGUGUGGUUUCUUAA